GGAUAAUGAGGAAGAGUGGUGGAAGGUCGAGUGAUAGGGAGUAUGUUGCAGAAGCUGAAUGUUUGGAGGAAGGUGGUAGGAAAUAUAAAUCGAAGAAGAAGCGUAAGAGCUUAAGGGACGAUGGAGUUAGGAAGCAGGGUGGAAAGCGUAAAAAAGUGGUAGAUAAAAAACUUGUAUUGAGUGCAGAGAUAUUCAGAGGUAUAGAAAAAUCUGUAGGCGGUGAAGUGAAGUCGCGUGGUGAAGUGCUGAAAACACAACUAGCUAAGUGUAAAGGGGCGCAAGCAAAUGUAAACUGUAGGGUUGAGACCUUAGGUAAAAUUAUUGGUGGUUUUUGUGAGAUGAAAAGGCAAUGGGUUAGAGACAUGGGUUUUGAGGGAUUACUUUAUUUGAGGGGGAAGAGAUUACCACGGAAUUUUUGCUAUUGGUUGAUGACAUUGGUAGACACUUGUAGGAAUGUGAUAAUGUUCCCGGGGGGAUAGAGUACCCUAUGGAUAAGCGACAGGUGCAUUGGGUAUUAGGUAUACCUCAUGGACCGAAAAGAGUUCCACUUGUAGCACGAAAUGAAAAUGUUAAGAGGGCAGUACUAGAAAUACAGCAGAAGUAUGGUUCGUCAGUUGGUAUUCCUAUGGUAAAGGUAAUUGAGAAGGUUGAGGGGAUAAGUAAUUCGGAUGAAGUUGAAUUCAAGACUGCAUUCUUGAUGCUUGCUUUGUGUGAUUUUUUGUGCCCAACAACAUGUAGAAGGUUAGAGAGUGACUUAGUGGUUGCAUCAACAUUGGCCGUGGAUGCUCACAAAUAUGAUUGGGCGUCGCUUGUAUUGGAUAAGUUAUUAGUACAUGCGCGUCACUUUGCGGAAAAGUUUUACAGGGAAGGGUAUGCGAAAGGUUGUGGAGGUUGCACGUAUUUUCUUGCGAUGAUGUACCUUGAUCGAUUGCAUCGUCCUCCUGUGCGUUGGGGAUUAUUUCCGAGGUUAAAAGCGUGGUCUGCGAAAGAUGUGACUGAAGCGAAAGAAGCUGAUCGACAAAGUGGGAAGGGAGAUUAUGGGAAUAUUGGGUGCAUUGACUUGGCGUACGGUGAGAAACAUCCGUUAGUUGCGAGAGACACGAUGGGACCUCAAUGCAUGUCUUAUGAGAUUGCUGCUCUUGUGUUGAGUGGAAUGGGAUUGGAAAUUAAUCCAUUGCACCGUAAUCGUAAUGCAUUUGAUGAUAAUUUGGAUUCGGAUUCUGAUCACGGCCCAAGUCGUAAUCGCCGAAGGGGGCCAAGGGACAAGCUUAACCCUUAUCAGCGCAAAAUGCAGAAGAAACGUGUUGAAGAAUGUCGAGGUGUUGAAGGUGAAGAUGAAUGUGGUGGAGGAAGUGAAAGUGGUAUGGGAGGUGUGGGAGGCAGUGGUAUGGGAGAUGUGGGAGGCAGUGGUGGCGUGGGAGGUGUGGAAGGCAGUGGUGGCGUGGGAGGUGUGGAAGGCAGUGGUGGUGUGGGAGGCAGUGGUGGUAUGGGUGGUGUGGGAGGCAGUGGUGGUGUGGGUGGCAGUGGUGGCAUGAGAGGUGUGGGAGGCAGUGGUGGUGUGGGUGGCAGCGGUGGUGUGGGAGGUGUGGGAGGCAGUGGUGGUGGGGUGGCAGUGGUGGUGUGGGAGAAAAUGGUGGUCUGGGAGGGGAGGAAGGCAGUGUUGGUGGUGUGGGAGUAA